UAUAAAUAAAUUAAAAAUAAAUUAAUUUGACUUAACCAAAGCUAUUGUGACGAGUGAAUUUAAAGUAAUCACCCUUUAAGUUUGGAUUUAGAAAGUGGAAGCUUUUGUAAUUUUAAUAUUAUAAUAGUGAAUUUGUGAAAAAUAUAAGAAAACGAUAAUCGAUGUGUUUAUGGUGACAUAUUUCUUACCGUGGACCUUUACUAUCGAAUUAAUUGUACAAAAACAUAUUGUCCUUUUUUUAUAAUGAUUGUAAGGAAUAAUAUUAUGAUCAUUGGAGUUUAGUGAAAAUUAGAAUUUAACAACUUGUGUACAGCGAAACAUAAACUUACAUAAGGAAUAUAAAUAAUUUUUAUACAAAUUAUUCAAUAUGUUGCCAAUAUUUAGAGCGCCUCGAUUCAAACAAUAUGCUUUAGUUUUAAUUGUCAAUCUAGGCGUGAUCACAACCGGUAUGAGUCUGGCGUGGCCUUCACCGAUUCUUGUCAAAUUGAGAAAUGAAACAGAGUCGCCAUUACAUCGACCCAUUACUGAAGAAGAGGGUUCAUGGAUCGCUUCGGUGGGCGCGCUAUGUAACACGUUCACUCUAUGCUUCCUAGGCAUGUUAAUAGAUCGUAUUGGUAGGAAAUAUUGCGUGAUACUAACAUGUCUGCCUAAAAUAUUAAUAAGCAUCGUGUUUAUAUUUGCGAAAGAGGCAUGGGUUUUGAUACUAGGCCGUGCUGUAAUUGGUUGUGCGGAUUUAUUCCUGUUUACUGCUGUCCCUAUUUACGCUUCGGAAAUUGCUGAUAAAGAAACACGGGGAUCCCUCGGCACUUUGCUACAGAUGUUAAGUUCAUUGGGCAUAGCUGUGACGAAGUCCAUAGGUCCAUUUGUGUCAUAUACAACGUACAGUAUAAUUUUUGCUGCUUUGAACGUUCUCGUGGCAAUUCCAGUUUUGUUCUUGCCUGAUAGUCCUUACUACUUGUAUUCCAAAGGUAAAAUCGAUGAAGCAAUGAAAACAUUGACAUCACUUCGUGAUACUGAAGAAUCAGCUAAAGAAGAACUUGAAAUGUACUCAGUUUCGGUUAACAAAGAAAAAGUCGAUAAAGUUAAAUUACUAAAGGACAGAGUAUUUCUGAAAUCAGUUGGGAUAGCGAUAGUCCUUUGUUUUAUUACACAAUUUAUCGGUUUCAAUGCCGUAUCAUAUUAUUUACAAACGAUUCUAGUAUCGACAAAUACAAAUGUUAUGCCAGAAGUUGCAUCGCUUGUGAUAAGUUUGAUACAAAUUUUAGCAGCAUUAUGUGCAGCGAUUGUAACUGAUAGAUGGAAACGAAGACAUAUAUUGUUAUCAUCUCUUAUUGGAGUCUUCAUUGGAUUGGUAACGUUGGGUUUAUUUUUCAAAUUAACUGAGGAGCAAGAAGUGAUAGGAUUCUUAAAUUACUUGCCAAUGAUAUCACUGAUAAUAGUCGUUUAUUGUUAUAGUGCAGGAAUAGGUUCUUUAUUUUGGGUGUUGAUACCAGAAUUAUUUGAUGGACCUGGUAGAGCUUUAGGAGUUACAAUUGCUAUGGUGUUUGUAUCAUUUUGUAUCUUCAUAACCACGAAGUUCUUUCCCUUAUUAACCGUGGCCAUCGGACCAGCGUUGACUUAUUGGUGUUUUAGUAUCGUUUGUGCGAUCGGUUGCAUUUAUGUUUAUUUUUGCGUACCUGAUACAAAUGGAAAGACGUUCAAUGAAAUACAAAAAGCAUUAAGCGGCGAAGAAGCAAGAGAAACAAAUAAAAAGAAUGAA